AAAGUAGAGUAGGAAGAGCCUAUAGAACUAGUAGGUACGCUCUUACGAAUAACGUUAGUAUAUUCUACUACUUUAUUAUUAUAGAAAUUAGGCCUACUAUCUAAUAGUAGUCUCUAGAUAUAGAUAUAGGCUACUUAUAUAUACUUAACUCUCUUCUUAACUUUUAGCUAUAUUAAUUUAUUCGGAGUAUUCUAAAUAUACUACGAAAAUACUCUUAGAGUUAACUACUUAGCUAUAUUCUAGCUAGAUAGUAUCUAGAUCUUUCUUCUAUUUAAUAUUAGAAUAUUUAUAGGAAGAGCUACUAAUACUAGACUCUUCCGGCUAGUCUAUAUUAUAGGAGCCGUCCUCUAGGUAGUUAGAAUUUUCUAUUAAGUAGAAGCUAAGAACUUUUAGUAAUUAUUCCUUAGCUAGACUUUAUAUAUAGAGAUUUCGAACGAGUUAUAGUUCUAUCCUAUAAUAUCGCUAAUAAUAACUUACUUUAUAAAGAAGCGCGCUUUAGUAGUCGGUAUUAUAGCUCUCGGAGCUUAUAUAGGAGGUAUAGUAUUUCUAGUAAUUAUAUAAUAGCUUCUUCUAAAGAUUAGAUAUUCUUAGAUAGUAUAGGUAAUAGGCUUUACUAUAGUUUUUACGAAUAUUACUAUAUAUACGCUUCUAUAUACGCGUCUUCUACCUCGAAAAUCUAGAUCGAUUAUAGAUUAGACGUCCUUUUAAGAACUACCUUAUAUACUCUACUAUAUUACUAUAUUCUUUAACUUUUAGGAACUCUACUUCGUAUUCUUCUAUAUCGACUUAUAUAGCCGGGAUACUCUCGGAGUUAGCUACUAGUAGUCUAUUAAUCUCUAUUACGACCUCGCCUACGAUAUAGUAGUAAAUAGU